ACAGCAGAGUUUCGAUAGAGAGCUACGAGGACUUUAACACCUGCUCAAGAGACAGCCAGACUUUUGGAGAUACGCGCUGGUUGCGCGAGACAGGGUGUGAUUGCGCGUGAAAAGUUACACUUUUUGGGGACUGCCAAGGAGACGAGGAAAGUAUCUGCUGAUUGAGUUCGAGUUUUGCUGCGUCCAUGUCUGACAUAUACAACCUGGACUCGCAGUGCGUAACGCCACCAUGCAACAUGAGCUGGGCCAUGGAGCCUGCCAACUUCUAUGACAAUAAAGUCAUGCCAGGGGAUGUCAAAUCCGGGGGAGAGCAUGGCAUGUCCGAGGACAAUAAUAACAACAACAACAACAACACCAGCAACAUGAUGGAGCUCAGCAACGCGCCUGCCAUCUACGAUGAUGAGAGCGCCAUCGACUUCAGCGCCUACAUCGAGUCCAUGUCCACGGUUCCGCUGGAGAUCUGCAACGACGAGCUCUUUGCAGACUUGUUCAACAACGCCGUGAAGCAAGAAAAGCCCGAAUUUUACCUGCCGAGCGCUUUUGCGCAAAAAAGCGCGGAGAGGCUGCAGCAGCAUGGGGGCUUUGGCAAGGGCGCGUUUUGCGCACCGAUCAAGAAGGAGGCGGACUGGAGCGACAGCGAACUGUCCUCUUCCUUACCAUCUCAGAUCGAGACGUGCGCGCAGACGACCGUGAGCCUCAUGCACACGGGUCAACCGACACCUCCCACAUCACCCGAGCCAGAACCCGUCACUCACAGGAGGCUGGGAAAGGAAAAGGGCAAGAAGUCAGUCGACAGGCACAGUCCGGAGUAUCGGCAGCGGCGCGAAAGGAACAACAUCGCCGUGCGUAAAAGCAGGGACAAGGCGAAGCAACGCAACCUGGAGAUGCAGCAGAAGAUGAUCGAGCUGGGCUCUGAGAACGAGCGCCUGCACAAAACCAUCGAUCAGCUGACGAGAGAACUCAGCAGCCUCAGAAACUUCUUCAAACACAUGCCAGACACUUCUUUUGGGACUGCGGCGCGCGCGGCUGUUGACAGUCGGUGACGCACGUCGGGGAAAGAGAGAGAGAGAGAGAAAGCUCCCAAAAACCUUGCCAAAAACAUACCUCAGUGAACUUGAAUUACUAUGUUCUUCUGUAGCAGACGUGCAUUAAGUUACACAUUGGAUGAUGGACUCUGGCACCGCAUGGUGUCGUCGUGAUUAUUUUUGUGAAUGUUUUUGUAUUCUAAAUUAUUACAGAAAAAACUUCAUAUAUGUUUUUAUGGUACCUGUUUUAUAAUUCCCAAAAACUUCGUAUUAAUGCCAGAGCAUGUUUUAAAUUGUACAGUGUGUACAAAUGUAUAAUAAAACGACGUAAAAAUUUCCAAAAAGA